AUGUCGGCCGCACCAGCGAAGACGAUUACUUUGAAGAGUUCUGACGAACAGAUAUUCCUCAUCGAGGAGGCCGCUGCCUUGCAGUCUAAAACCCUUGAGCACAUGAUAUCUAAUCAUAACGAAGCUCAGGAUAAUGUCAAUAUCCCUUUGACGACUACCAUCACAGGCAAUGUCUUGGCAAAGGUAAUCGAAUACCUCAACAAACACGCUGAGGCUGAGACUAGCGAUGAAGAUAAAAAGAUUUGGGAUGCACAGUUUGUGAAUUUUGAUGAUGCAACCCACAAUACAUUGCAUCCUAUAUUGUUUGAUCUGAUCCAGGCUGCCAAAAUUCUCGAAAUAUUGGGCUUGUCGGACUUGACAGCACAGAAAGUGGCUGACUGGAUACAAGGUAAAACACCAGACGAGAUCAGCAGGAUAUUCCCCGUUAAAACCCAAUUGACCUCUGGAGAAGAAGAAUGGAUUCGUAGGGAAAAUCAAUGGGCUUUUCGAAAUUAA